CGAAAAUAAAUGGUCUCACACCAAAGUGAGUUUGAAAACUGGUACCAACAGUGUUUUAAUGAGUCAGUCAAUCAGUGCGAUCUUGAAGUGGGUAUUCCAAAGAAAACGGAUCCAUCGAAUUCAAACACUAUAACAAAUAAUAAUAAUAACAAUUGUAACAGUAUGAAGAAGGCGUUAAUAGACAUCAACUUCAAUGAAAAAGAGAAACUAUGCAUCAGUACGCAAAACUCUGAAAAAGAUUAUCUAGAUGAAUUCCAGCAAAUUCAAGAGAACAAUUUAUCAGAUCGUAAAGGCUUGUUAUCGUAUGAACACGCUAAAGAGAUGUUUGCUUACAAAACGAAAUCGCCUCCACAGACAGAAGGCGACUACAACGAUGAGGAGGAGGAGGACAAGGCGAAACUUGAACAAACCAGCAGCAAAAUACAACAGGAGGGGUCGGAGUGGGGUGGGAUGGAAAAGAUCAGCUCAGCAACGUAA